AUGCCUGUUCGAAUCAAUCUGCCUCCUGCCACGCGCAUCCUCCUGAUCAGUCUUCUGGCCCUUUCUUUUCUGUAUAACGUCGCAAGAUGGCGACAACUUGACCUCUCCACGGGAGGUGCUUCGACGACAACGAGUCCCAUCGUGCCCUAUCUGACCCUGGUACCUUCGCGAUUUUUCUAUUAUCCUUGGACUCUCCUCACGGCGACUUUUGUCGAGCAGAACAUCUUCACCGUCCUCCUCAACGCAGCCACCCUCUUCUACGGCGGGAAAUACUUGGAACGGGCAUGGGGGUCACGCGAGUUUGGCAAAUUCAUUCUGGUCGUGUCGCUCAUCCCAAAUGCCUUGACAGUGCCAAUCUACCUUUUGUGGGCUGCUGUGACGGGUAGCCAACUUCGGGGGUACGCCUUUUUGUUUUCCCAUGGCAACUGCACUACUUCUUGCGCAAUGCCCACUGAUGAUUCUACGAGUUUAAGUCUGACGCAAAUAUGCGGCGGUGUUUCGCUCCAAGCAUCCUUCCUCGUCGCGUUCAAGCAGCUGGUCCCCGAACACACUGUUACCAUUCUCAAGGGUCUCGUGAAGGUGCGCGUGAAGCACUUUCCGGCGCUCUUCCUCCUGCUCAACACGAUCAGCGGUGUUGUUUUCGGAACCGACACCGCGGCUAUUCUCGCCUGGCUCGGCCUAUUGACGAGUUGGUCGUAUCUCCGUUUCCACAAACGUCAACCAGAUUUCACAGGCACUUCUACCAACGGUCUUGGCAUCAAAGGCGAUGCCAGUGAGACAUUCACGUUUGCAAGCUUCUUCCCUGAUGCGAUCCAGCCUCCCAUUGCCUUUGUUGCGGAUAAGAUCUAUGCGGCGCUCGUGGCGAUGAGAAUAUGUACACCCUUCUCGGCUGAGGAUAUUGCCUCAAGCAACGAGCACGCUCUGGCCCGUGGUCAAGCAGGUCUUCCAAGCCUUCUGAACAAUGGCCGGGGUGGUGGAGGUUAUAGAGGGAUGGGAAAGCGCGAGGAGGCAGAACGACGACGGGCACUGGCCCUUAAGGCCCUCGACCAAAGGCUGCAAGCUGCGGCCGCCAACAAGACACAACCGUCUGGGUCGAGCCAGGCGACCGGAGGACCAUCCCCGGCCACGGCGCCCACGGUGUCGACCGGGCAGAAUAUGUUAGGAGAAACUAAUUACACUCCAGACAAUGCCUGA